AUAUAUAUCACUUAUUAUUCAGGAAAAUAAGUUUUUCCGUGGGUAAUUCCCGCUCCAUGACAAUGAAAUUAAAGUAUUAUUUCUUUACUGCAAUCUAUUUUGAAAAAUUAACCAAAUAAGAAAGAUGAACAUUUUAGUGAUCCCAUUGACAACUGCCCUAUGCUUUGAAUAUGGAUUGACAUCAAAUAUUCUCUUGGAAAACAUCAACACAAAGAAGGGCCAGUUUACCUCACCUGAAUACCCCGCCAACUAUCCGGACAAUGCAAACUACACUUGGAUAAUAUGGACUGGGCACACUGCAGCUAACGUAACAUUUAGGGUUCAUGAUAUGAAUAUUAAAUUCACAAAUCCUUGUGACGACUAUCUCGAGAUUAAAGAGAUAGAUCAAUGCUGCUUCACUGCAUUUAAAAGAUGUGGUGAAUUAAAGGACUGGACCCUUGUCAUAAAAGGGAAUCAAAUAAGAGUAUCGUUUAUAUCUGACAGAAUUUUAAAUGCAAAAGGAUUUAGUCUUUCUUGGACAGUCACUUUACCACCGACAACACCUAGGCCAAAAGUUACCAAGAUAAGGACAACAAUCCCUUCAAAGACGUCAGUUAGAAUAUAUCCCACUAAGUUAGCAACAAAAUUGACAACAACUUCUGCAACAAGUACUGCCUCGACAACAAAAAAACUGACAGCAAAGAAGACAAUCACAACAGAGUGGAAAAUCCCUUUAACAAGGGAAUUGAUGAGCGCUCCUACAACAAGAACCUUCUCAAUGGCACUACAGAUGACAACAUCUCCAAUGAAAGCGAAAACAUAUGGUAUAACAACAAUGAGACCAACACUGGCAUCCAACCACUUCUCAGGAACAUAUAUAUUAAGAAGCUUAACAUUGCCAGUUUGUUUUGUUGGGAUAUCAAGGGGAAGAGCAGAUUUACCACCAGAUCUGGUUAGAACAGAACAGUUUGCAU